AUGGUUGCUUGCAACUCUUGUUAUGACUGCAAGGUCCUGUUUCAAUCACUGGCGUCAGACAGGCGCACGACACCAACUCAAACCUUUUCACCUUGUCCUGUACAUCGUAAAUAUUGAUUGAAAGCGAAGCAUUGCUGAACAGCGUACUGGAGUUUUAAUUUGCAGGAGCUUCAUAAGACCUGAAGAGUGUCCCUCGUCGUGUGACUUUGAGGGUCAGACGGAUUUUUUCCCCCUCGCAUUAUCGUGGACAGAGGACUAAACUUUUUAUUAUUAUUAUUAUAGGGGGAUUCAUAAAUUGACCCACCGACGACCUUCACAUCUUACAUUAUUAGUACAGAUACAUAGUUUGAUACAUUGUCGGGCUGUUUACAAACGUCGACUUUUUCCCCUUUUCUUGAAUGCGUUGCAAAUAUGAUGAUGUCACCGACGCCACUUUUUCCUGAAGUUAUGGCGGAGCACAACUUUUCCAACUUGUCUUGACCAUUGAGAGCACUUGGCUUUGCUAAUGGAGCACCUCCAGGGAGCGUGGAAGACCCUGAGCAACGGCUUCGGAAUGAAGGACUCUGUGUUCGAGGGCCCGUGCCUUUCACCAACCAUGGUCCAGGGCUUCCCCUACCAGCGUCGUUCCUCAGAUGACAGCAAGAUGCCUGACUCGAAGACUAGCAGCACUAUUCGCGUCUACCUCCCCAACCAGCAACGCACUGUGGUGAAUGUGCGACCAGGUAUGACCCUGCACAGUUGCCUGAUCAAAGCCUUGAAGGUGCGGGGUCUGCAGCCCGAGUGCUGCGCUGUUUUCAGGCUGCACCCGGGGCAAAGGAGUAAAAAAUUACGCAUGGAUUGGAAUACUGACUCCACCUCACUGAUCGGGGAAGAACUGCUGGUGGAGGUUUUAGAUCAUGUACCCUUGACUACACACAAUUUCGUUCGGAAAACAUUUCUGAAGUUGGCAUUCUGUGACAUUUGCCAGAAGUUUCUUCUGAAUGGAUUCCGUUGCCAAACAUGCGGCUACAAAUUCCAUGAGCAUUGUAGCACCAAAGUGCCCACGAUGUGUGUAGACUGGAGUAACAUCAGACAACUCCUGUUGUUCCCCACACCAGGUGAAAGUGGCGGUCCGUCCCUGCCCCCUUUAACAUCUCGGCGAAUGAGAGAAUCCUUGACACGGUUUCCUAAUAGCUCUAUGCACCGCUAUUCCACCCCUCAUGCCUUCAAUUACACCACGCCUUACCCGCCUACAGGAGGCGCUCUAUCCCAGAGGCAGCGCUCCACCUCCACACCCAACGUCCACAUGGUUAGCACCACCAUGCCUGUAGACAGCAGCAUAAUCGAGGAUGCGAUGCGCAAUCAUGACUCUGCGGGGAGUUCCCCCAGCCAGAGCCCGACAGGUUGGUCCCAGUCCCAGUCUAAAACCCCUGCACCUGCCCAGCGAGAGAGGGCAACGUCCUUCAACACUCAGGAGAAAAAUAAGAUUAGGCCUCGGGAUAAGCGGGAUUCUAGUUAUUACUGGGAGAUCGAGGCCAGUGAGGUGAUUCUGCACUCCCGCAUCGGUUCUGGCUCUUUUGGAACUGUAUACAAAGGGAAAUGGCAUGGUGAUGUAGCAGUGAAGAUUUUAAAAGUGACUGACCCCACACCAGAGCAGUUUCAGGCAUUCAGAAAUGAGGUGGCUGUCCUGAGGAAAACACGACAUGUCAACAUCCUGUUGUUCAUGGGUUACAUGACAAAGGACAACUUAGCCAUUGUGACCCAGUGGUGUGAGGGCAGUAGCCUCUACAAACAUCUCCACGUCCAGGAGACAAACUUCCAGAUGUUUCAGCUCAUAGAUAUCGCCAGGCAGACAGCUCAGGGCAUGGACUAUUUGCACGCAAAGAACAUCAUUCACCGUGACAUGAAAUCCAACAACAUCUUCUUGCAUGAAGGGCUAACAGUGAAAAUUGGGGACUUCGGUCUGGCCACGGUGAAGGCCAGGUGGAGCGGAUCACAUCAGGUGGAGCAGCCCUCUGGAUCCAUUCUCUGGAUGGCUCCCGAGGUUAUCCGAAUGCAGGACAACAAUCCCUACAGCUUCCAGUCCGAUGUCUAUUCGUACGGCAUUGUUCUCUAUGAGCUGAUGACGGGAGAGCUCCCGUACUCCCAGAUCGCAAACAGAGAUCAGAUUAUCUUCAUGGUGGGUAGAGGCUACUUGUCUCCAGACCUCAGCAAGCUCUACAAGAGUUGCCCCAAAGCCAUGAAAAGGCUGGUGGCUGACUGCAUCAAGAAGUCGAAGGAUGAGAGGCCGCUCUUCCCCCAGAUCUUGUCAUCCAUCGAGCUUCUCCAGCAUGCCCUCCCCAAGAUCAACCGCAGUGCCUCAGAACCGUCCCUGCACAGAGCCUCUCACACUGAGGACAUCAACGCCUGUACUCUGACCUCCACCAGACUGCCUGUGUUUUAGAGGCUCAGACAGCACCACCCCUCCUCCUCUUCUCCUACUGCUCAUCCUUUUCCUCCUCUAAAAAUCUGAAAUAGUCCAAACACCCUGAAUGCCUAACUUCUCCUACAUACAGACACAGAAAGAGACCUAACACACAUAUGCUGAUGCAAACAUAUUCAAACAUGCAUUAUAUCUUUUAAGUGUUUGGAGGAAAAGAGGAGAGAGGCGUGGAAGUGCAUCUGAGAAUAACUGUGGAUGAGACUGGUGAUGAAUUGCCAAUAGAUCUACACCUGAAGAGGAUGUCAUAAGAUACCUAUUGGGUUGGUUCUUCGCUUACCACUGUAUCAGCGAUUGAGGCCUGCAGAGGCUUCGUUGUUGCAAUGCGGCUGGUGAAAUUUGUAAAUAUAUGCACGCACACCUACCUAAAGACAGAAAAAAUUAAGACAUUGAAGGAAGCUCAAGGGAAAGACACACGUGUGUCUCUUGACUUGGGUUCUUUGAUGUGAAGCACACCCUUCUGUCUGGCUGCCCUGGUUUCUGAUGAAGAGGACCUUCAAUGCUUACCUGCCUUAAGAGGAAACAAAGCCUGAACUAAGAUAAUGCACAACUUCACCUCCUCUGGUUUAUCAAAAACAAAGCAGUUGGACGUAGACCAUUUAGUUGCACAGUAGUAUUUGAUUUUGCAUUGUCUUAAUCAGAAUGGAGUAGAUAUGGGAAAUUUUUAUUGUUGUCUUUAUUUUCCUUAAUUCCCUUUAUUUUAUUUUUUAAUUUUUUUUUUGGGUCAUUCUGAGGAAUAUAGCCUGUCAGAUAGCAAGUAUGAGUGACUGAGGAAAAUCUUUGAAUUUGCACAUUUUAGCAAAAGCAGUGGCUAUGUUUCAACAGUCCAUACGAUUGAUUCAUGGCUUUGAGUGCUCUGAUCUAUAGAUGCCCACACAUUCUGAUCAGUCCAUGGGUAGGUUAUAAUGAGCUGGAUAUUUGGCAGUUGUCUUAAAUAUUUAAAAGUGAUUUGGAAACUAAUUUGUAUUUGUCUAUCAUGUCUCUUUCAGGAGGUCAAACGUUUUAUUGUAAACUUGGUGAGAGAGUUGUUUAUUCAAUGUUUUAAUAAAAUUAAGUUAAAUUC